UCUGCAGUUAAGCAGUAAACUUAUGCUGAGCUGUGUAACAUCAACAUGUCAUUUACAUAUUUAGGGUCCUUAAAUGUUCAGUGAAGGCUGUGAGAUGGUGAGUUUAGAAUAUUUUUAUAUUGUUUUUUGACUGAUUAUUUCCACUGAAGCAGUGUUAGUAAGGUGUAAAAUGAUGUUUUUGCACAAAGCAGUUGAUUUAUUUUGGGGGUGAAUAAUCAGAAGAAAACUUUGUCAUUGUUUGUAGUUGUUUUGUCAUUUAAAGUUAGAGUUCUGGUUAAAGUUAUGGUAAAUUCAACUUUAUCAACGUUGUCUUAUUUCAUUCUUGAAGCUUAUAUGAUUGUUGGAAGUUUGAAAUAUUUAUAUUUUAUGAUAACAGCAAUGUUGUUCUUUGUAAUAAUGUUUGCUAAUACAUCUCUCAUUGUGAUUAUCUGUAUGAACAGAAGCUUACAUGAACCUAUGUACAUAUUUCUGUGCAGCCUGUUUGUAAAUGAACUGUAUGGUAGUACAGGGUUGUUUCCAUUCCUUCUGAUUCAGAUUCUCUCUGACAUUCACACUGUUCCUGCUUCAUUUUGUUUCCUGCAGAUUUUCUGUUUGUAUACUUAUGUAAAUGUAGAGUUUUGUAAUUUAGCCGUCAUGUCUUAUGACAGAUAUCUCGCUAUCUGUUAUCCUCUACAAUAUAACACACGUAUGACAUUUAACAAGGUGUUUAUCUUAAUUAUUUUGGUAUGGUUGUACUCUUUUAUAAAAUUUCUGAUUACUUUAUCUUUAAACAUCCGUUUGACACUUUGUGGAAACGUCAUAAACAGUUUGUACUGCCGUAACUACCUUGUUGUUAAGUUGGCAUGUUCUGACACCAAAGUGAACAACAUUUAUGGACUUUUUGCCACUGUUGUCUCCAUUUUUGUCCCUCUGCUCCCAAUCCUUUUCUCUUACAUGAAAAUUCUCAAAAUCUGUUUUUCUGGUUCCAGACAGACCAGACAGAAAGCUGUCAGUACCUGCACACCUCACCUUGUGUCUCUCAUAAACUUUUCUUUUGGCUGUGUGUUUGAAAUAGUUCAGAGUAGAUUUGAUAUGAGCAGUGUACCCAGUGUGCUACGAAUCAUUCUCUCACUGUACUUUGUGAUACUUCAACCACUUCUGAAUCCUAUCAUGUAUGGAAUGCAAAUGUCCAAAAUACGAAAUACAUGUAAAAAUCUCUGCUUUUAUAAAAUGUCGACUGGUCACAGGGACACGGUAUAAAUAAAAGAUUAGUAAAUCCUU